UUCAUUAAUUAUCUUGCAAAUUUUCAGAUCACCGUUGCGUUCCAGUACGCCUGGUUGGACGAGAUGUUCAAAGAAAUGGCCACGUACGUGUUUUUCGUUCUAACCGGGUACAAAUUCCGCCCAGUAUCGCAGAAUCCAUACUUCUCCAUGCACGACGUCGACGAUGACGACGACGAUGAAGUGGAAAUUCUCACCCAGACGGGCCUCACCGAGGGCAUCAGCAAGGUGACCAACCGCUCGCAGCCCCCGGGCACCAUGGUCCACGAAUCGAACGAAGAGGAACGGGAAAAUUUGAUCAGUAAACGGGAAUCGUCCCACGAGUAUGACUAAGUUUUCGCAAAAGCUACCUACCUAGCGACGACUCCUUUGUAAUUAUUUAUUAGUGUAUGUCGUACCUAUCUAUUAAUUACUGAAAAAACUAUCAAUAUCAACUUACCAAACUGCCCGUGGGCGAAGUGAAACAGUAAAUAGUUGCAGAACCAAUCUGCUCACCGCAAUUACACGAUGCAAACGUUGAUUUUUAUUGGUUGAACUUUGUUUGCUCACUCAAGUAUGGUUUUGUUUCCAAUGGGGCUUCUUCUGUGAUCUUGCGUUUUUAUACAAUACAUUGAAGCCCUGUGCGGUGUGAAGAUUGAUUUUUUAUUUCUUUUGUCAUGUCGACAAGAGUUCAUAAAUUAUACCUACCCAGUAGUUUUAGGAUGUGACCAAAAACCAAGCAAAAGAGAAUAAGAGAUAAUUUUUGAUACAUUUCCUAUUCAUUCUGAUGAUGCAAGUAGUAGUGUUUAUAGAAUUUUGGCAUCUACAUUUGCAACGAUAUAGUACGCAACAUUAUACAUACGGUUAAUUGAAUUACAGAAAUAGACAUUCACACACUCCCCUCUUAGAUAGAUUGCAAGCUCUCCGUGUCAAAAAGGGUAUUUUUGGACCACGUGAGUGAAUGAUAGCAAAUAAUAUUGCUUAUGUGUAUAAAUUGAAUAAUUAAAAUCAAAACUGUAACGAAAAUUUCACUAAAUAAUCGA